UUAAGAAGCCUCAUUCCCAGGGCAGGAUCGUCUCACAUCCCGAGCAGAGAGGGAGAGAAGGGACCGGUGGGGCUGGAGAGAGAGAGGAGUCAGUGACUGAUCCACACGCGGGACACACACAGUGAGGGGACACUGGUACGAUGGACAAGUUACUGGCUGCGCUGUGCAUGCUGGGAAUGUGCUGCUCGCUGGUGAUGACGGAUGUGAGCGUGAGCUCCUCACCGUUGGAUCUUGAAGCUUCAGGAGAUGACGAGGACUUCUCUGGCUCAGGAAUUGACGCCAUAGAUGUAAAUGAUGCCCUUCUUAAAGUUCCUUCUACAUCUGUGUUGCCCAUUUUUGAACAAGAAAAUACAUCACCACGUCCCAAGGUAGAUGAAAAGUAUAUUGCAGUAGAGCAUACCACCAGAGUAGUGGAGACAACCAAACCAAGAAAAGAUCCUUUUGAGGAACUUGUUGAUCCUGUAUUUGUUGCUGUAGGACAUGAUGCUGAAUCAACUUCUCCUGAAGCAACCACACACAAACCUACUACUCACCGUCCAACCACAGUGAAAUCCACAGCUGUCCCAAUGGAAAGUAUCACAGAACAAAAGCAUCACCCUCAGCAUCAUCAUCACCACCAUCAUCAUCAUCCUCAUCACCACAAUCAUACAACCAAACCAGCUACUUCCACUGAUCAGCAUGAAGAUACAUCUGAUAGUCCAUCCGGUGAAGAUAAGUCUUACAUUCACUACAUUCACCGGACUACAAGUCCACCGGACAAUGAGGAACCUGAUCUGCACAAGGCUGACCAUAGGUUGACCACCAUAAAACAAAGGGACCCCGAUGAGCCAGUUGAUCAUCACAUUCCUGAUCAAGACUCUCCAUCAGGAUCAUCCAGUACACCGUAUAUGGAAUAUGAGGAGACAACCGAAGAUCCUUCCGGUGCUCAAGUGCAUAAUGUGCUUAUUGGGUAUGGGGAAAAGACAACUACAAACCCUUCUGAAAAUGAGGAGGAUGAUGGAAUUUUUGCAGAUAAUCAUGAGAAGCCAUUGACCACAAGUCCAUCUAAUGAGGGGGUUUUCCAUGUCCAGCAUGGUCUUGAUAAAACAACUUCCAGUCCAUCCCAUCAUGCUGAGCUUGAUGUAGAAGUGCAUCACAGUACAACACCUGCACAUAUUAAUAAACAUCAUAGUCACCAUCAUCAUCAUACAAUUCCAGAAACAACCACGUCGGUUAAUGAGGAAAUACUUGAUCCUGUAGAUGAUAGUACAACACCUGCAGACCUAAAUAAACAUGACCACCAUCAUCAUCAUCACCAUCCUCAUCAUCAUACAACUCCAGAAACAACCACGUCGGUUAAUGAGGAAAUACCUCAUCCUGUAGAUGAUAGUACAACACCUGCAGACCAAAAUAAACACCACCACCACCAUCAUCAUCACCAUCCUCAUCAUCAUACAACACCAGAAACAACCACAUCGGUUAAUGAGGAAAUACCUCAUCCUGUAGAUGAUAGUACAACACCUGCAGACCUCAAUAAACACCACCACCACCAUCAUCACCAUCCUCAUCAUCAUACAACUCAAGAAACAACCACAUCUGUUGAUGAGGAAAUACCUCAUCGUGUAGAUGACAGUACAACACCUGCAGACCUGAAUAAACAUCACCAUCAUCACCAUCCUCAUCAUCAUACGACUCCAGAAACUACCACAACUACUUCAAGCCUGACCAAGCACUCCAAUGAAGUUUCCACAGUAGUACAUAAGGGGAGGAUGGCCCAUGGUGCUUCAGCAACUAGUGCUGUUCCUUUAUUUGAUGAAAAUGCCAACAUCCCUGAGCUAGUAGACUUGCCAUCCCAUAACACCUCUGUUGUGUCAGAAGAGGGUGAUGCUGACACCACUGAAGAGUCAUCAGGGCUAAAUGAGAAAAAUGGUUUCUAUUUUAAUGACGUUAUCCCAAAGGCGACAGCACCACCGAUCCACCGGAUGAUAAAUAAUGACAUUUCUGAACAAGAAAGCACUCCCGAUGCAUCCCAUGGAAUAAUGGAGAGGAAAGAAGUUUUAGCAGGAAUCAUUGCAGGAGGUGUGGCCGGCUUGGCAUUCGCAGUCUUCUUAGUUGGGUUUAUGCUCUAUAGGAUGAAGAAGAAAGACGAAGGAAGCUACUCUUUGGAGGAACCAAAACAGAAGAACGGAGGAUACCAAAAGCCAUGCGAACAGCGUGAAUUCUACGCGUAGGACGCCAUGUCGAUCUGAUUCGAUGGAUAUCCGAUCCAUGGCUUUUUUUUUUUCUCAACAGUGUCCACCCUGUGGCUUUUCUUCUUUCGGGAUUUCAAGCUUGAAAUGGUUAUUACUUUUUAAGUUCUAGUCUCCCGAUUCUCUGUGGAGCCGACUUGUUAAAUGUAGGGAAGACCAAGACCUCUUGUUUCCUGCCCCGGUUUUCCUAUUCAGAUGAGACUGGCUGAACCCUGAACUUGAAGAUGUGGUGUGUUCUCUUUAUUACAAGAAGAAAGCUUAGGUUCCUAGGACACAACUGUGUUUUGCAGAAGACCUACUACCAGGCUUUUUUUGGCCAUGCAAUAAAUGUGUAUAUAUUUGGAUUCUUGUUUUCAGAAGAUGAUCUGAUGGUACAUGUAAAGUUCACGCGUUCCUCCUCCUUCAUUGAGAGCACUUACACUGCAAAAAUCCACCCAGGUGUAGAAAGGAACAAUUCAACCGGACAUUUCUAUACAAUAAACUGAGUUGCCAAGCGUUUGCCACAUGGUCCGUAUAGUAAUUCCAUCAACUGCUCGCUGAACUUGUAACGUGGGAAACCUUUACCUGCCGCCAUUAUUUGUGCUAUACUUUGUCGUUUUUGUGGUUUUUUUUAAUAGUAUAUAUGCAUAAUUAUAAAUGACUGAUGUUCUAACAGCUGAAUGAGCGCCUGUAGUUAUUGGUCACUUGCAGAAACUUGACUUGUACGUCCUCUCAUUGCACUAUUCAUUCCUUGAGCCGAUUGGUUCCAACUUCGUUGACUCUUCUGCUU